GAAUGGUACGGAUAUUACUAGAAACGACACAAGAUUUUGGAUUAACACUGAAGAACUCGGCAAUACGGUGGAACUUGCCUGAAGUCUUAUCAAGCCACCUUAAUUACGUUGAAUGCUGAAUAAGAUAAAGAUGAAAAUUGGAUUGUUUUUCUUUUUCUGGAGUGUUUCAGUUUUUGCUGUGGUAUGGAGCGAUUACACAGAUGAACAACGACUUCGCGAGAAUAUUUUGAAAGACUAUAAGAAACAUAUCCGCCCUGUCCACAAUGAGAGUGAAAGCAUCCAGGUGUACGUCAGUUUCAUUCCAAGACACAUUCUACAAAUGGAUGAAAGGACUCAGGUUCUUACCGUUGAGGGAUCUCUGGUUAUGGAGUGGACAGAUCAAUUUUUAACUUGGAAACCAAAGAAUUAUGGAUCUAUUAAAGUGUUUCACCUACCAGACCAUAACCUUUGGCAACCGGAUAUAUUUUUAUAUAACAGUGCAGAUGUAGGUUCUAAUGUUGAUCCCAGAGGAGACACGAAUGUUCUAGUUUCUUAUGAAGGAUUGGUAAAGUGGAAUCCUCCUGUUACCUUUAAAGUGUACUGCCCAACUAGUCUAAGAAGCUACCCCUUCGACAGACAUACUUGCAACAUGAAGCUCGGUUCUUGGACUUUCAAUUCUAACAAGCUCAAUGUAUCUUCUUUGGAAAG